AUGGGUUCAAUCGGUGACACUCCAAUUGCUACGAAGGGAAAAUUCAUUGUACCGGUAUUCGAUGGCGAACCACAUUCGGAUCCUUUCACGAGGCCAUAUGGCGCUCCCCCGAAGCCAAAAGCCUCUGCGUCCGUCACAUUCCCUCUCGUCGACUUCAGGAGCCAAGUCUUCACGGCAGCUCCAGGGGGCGACUACAAUGGAGAUGAAGCAUUCAUGAGAUCCCAUGGCUUCACAGCUGUAAAGCACGUCUCUUCCAUCAAAGACAUCGAGGGAUUCAGAGACGCAGACACAAUGAACGAUGUAUACUAUGCCGAGAUGGAAGACCUAGUCAAGCGAGUGACUGGGUGCAAGUUCGUGGUCAUCAACAACAGUACUUGUCGAGGAGGCGCACCACCCACUAAUCUUGAUGAGAUGAAGGCUUUCCGGGUCGGCAUGUUGACUAAAGAUCAGCAAGCGGAGGUUGACAUGAAGAAGACAUUCCACAAGCCAGGUCCGCCUUUGCAGCCGAUUCGCAUGCCGCACUGCGACUCGACGGCGUUGGGUGGGCGGCAGAGUGUGCGGAGCAUGAAGGAGGAAGUGACCGAACUCGCGGAGAAGUGUGGAAUCCUGGCCACGGAGGAGGCAAUCUGUGCCAAGGCAGCUCUUCACGCUGAAGGUAAAGGAGAUCGAGAGGCCUUCGAGGAAGAGUACAACGACCAUGUCUCGGGCAAGCUGGGUCCCAGAUAUGCCGCCUUUUCCAUUUGGAGGCCGAUGAAAACAGUGACGAGAGAUCCGCUCGCAAUGGCACCGUGGAGCCACGCAAGCCAGCAUGGAGACUUCGUGGUAGAGCCGUAUGAUAAUCGUGUUGCCGGCUACAAAGGCGACUGGAAGAAGGAAUUCGCCAUGCUCAAAGUCCGACCAGAGGCUACCAAGAACGAGGGCGAGAAGGAUCUGAAGUUCUAUUAUGUGUCGAAUAUGGAGCCUGACGAGGUGUUGUUCGUCAAGUUGUUCGAUACGGCUGGAGUGGGGAGCCAGGCGAAGGAGGAGGUGGGAUGCCUGCACGGAAGUCCAGAUCUCGGCGAUGUAGCGUAUGGAGAGACGAGGGAGAGUGUUGAAGUUCGAUGCAUGGCGUUUUGGUAG